GGAAGGGACACUUGCUACAAUCAACGCGCCGGCGUUCAUUCUCAGACAAUCUUCGCAGCUCCACCGCUUCCCACACGUCCUGUCCUGUUCUGUUGCCCUGUCGCAGAGAACAACCCAGCCCACUUGCCGCGCAGUUUCGUCAACCCUGGCCGGCAUGUGAUGAACAAGCAGCUUCGCUCGUUUCUCGACUGCGCUGACGAUGCAGAACUCACCUUGCCAAAGUGUGAAGUCUCGCAUAUGAUCGAGGUGACCACGAGGGCCGUUCACACUCCGGCUCAUAUUCGUCGACCGAUUGAACAGCAAUGGAACCUACCAGCCACGCACAAUGACAGACCUUUAAACAACUACACUCCUCCUCUCGAGGUUGACAGCAACAUGUCGGUGGAUGGCGACGAUUCUUCCGAGACAGACCUUCCGCGGAGUACUUGGCAGAGCAUGUCAACGAGAUAUUUCAUCACUCAGCCUAGCAAUGAUGAGUGGCAGCUCCCUCCAAAUUCCAAAGCCUACCGCGAGCACCACCCAGAACCUCGACCAGCCAGAGCUGUACAUGAAAGAUACAUGGAAAUACCCCCGUUCCACAAAUGGCCAUUCACUUCAGAGAGCAUUCCAGGUGGCAACUCCGGACCAGCGGGGGCUCGGCCGUGGAUGCCAGCAUGCUCAAUUGUUAUGUGGUGCCCUAAGCACAACAAUUUCUAUGAAGUGCACGCGAUGUCUUGA